UAGGGUGCUUGUCAGGCUGUUUGCUUACAAAUGCAUCAUAAGCCAAACUGUGAGCUGUAACAGUGGUACUGACUUCCUAAACACAAGGCAUUGCUUAGGCGUCGGGUCAGUAUCUGUGUGUGGCCAAUACUCUGUCCUGCCGUAGGCACCAUGUCAGCAGAAACACCAAUCUCCCUGAAUAUGGGCAUUGGGGAUCUGCAGGUCCAGACAGUCACUGUGGAGAAGCUGCUGGAGCCUCUGAUAAUCCAGGUUACUACACUUGUAAAUUGCCCACAGAAUCCUUCCAACAGGAAAAAGGGACGUUCAAAGAGAGCCAAAGUUCUCCUGGCUUCUGUGGAGGAAGCAACUUGGAAUCUGUUAGACAAGGGGGAGAAGAUGGCCAAGGAAGCGACAGCUUUAAAGGAAGAGCUAACAGCUGCCCUCCAGGAAGUUCGCAAAGAGAGCAAUGCUCUGAAGGUAUCAGCAGAGAGAUUUACAGAUGACCCCUGUUACCUCCCGAAAAGGGAGGCUGUGGUUCAGGCCGCCUGCGCCUUGUUGGCAGCAGUUACAAGACUCCUUAUCCUUGCGGACAUGAUUGAUGUCAUGUGUCUCUUGCAGCAUGUGUCUACUUUCCAAAGAACAUUUGAGUCUCUUAAAAAUGUUUCCAACAAAUCUGACCUGCAGAAGACCUACCAGAAGCUUGGGAAGGAGCUGGAAAACCUGGAUUAUUUAGCCUUCAAACGUCAGCAGGACUUAAAAUCUCCAAGCCAGAGGGAUGAAAUUGCAGGGGCUCGGGCUACUUUGAAGGAGAACUCCCCGCUCUUGCAUUCAAUUUGUUCAGCUUGUUUGGAACAUUCCGAUGUUGCUUCGCUCAAAGCCAGUAAGGACACAGUCUGUGAAGAGAUUCAGAACGCUCUUGAUGUCAUUUCAAAUGCUUCCCAAGGCAUCCAGAAUGUGCCACCACCUUCUGAGCCUCAGGCAGCGACCCUGGGAGGAGCUCUUGAUGAGCUGGAGAAUUUAAUUGUCCUGAACCCGCUCACAGUAACAGAGGAAGAAAUAAGACCAUCACUAGAGAAACGCCUAGAAGCCAUCAUCAGUGGGGCUGCACUAUUGGCUGACUCUUCCUGCACCAGGGACUUCCACCGAGAACGGAUUAUCGCUGAGUGCAAUGCCAUCCGCCAGGCUCUCCAGGACCUGCUGUCUGAGUACAUGAACAAAACUGGAAAACCAGAAAAGAGUAAUACCCUGAAUGCCGCCAUAGACAACAUGAGCAAGAAGACGAGAGACCUCCGCAGACAGCUCCGAAAGGCUAUUAUAGAUCACAUAUCUGAUUCAUUCUUGGACACGACAGUUCCACUCCUGGUUCUCAUUGAAGCUGCUAAGAAUGGCCGAGAAAAGGAAAUCAAAGAAUAUGCUGUGAUAUUUCGUGAGCACACAGGCAGGCUUGUGGAGGUGGCAAACCUUGCUUGUUCAAUGUCAGCAAAUGAAGAUGGGAUGAAAAUCGUCAGAAUUGCUGCCAAUCACCUGGAAACCCUGUGUCCACAGAUCAUAAAUGCUGCAAUUGCUUUGGCAUCAAGACCGAAGAGUCAAGUGGUCAAAAACACCAUGGAAAUGUAUAAGCGCACAUGGGAACAUUAUAUACAUGUUCUCACCGAAGCAGUGGAUGACAUCACCAGCAUUGAUGACUUUCUGGCUGUAUCUGUUAAUAUUCCACGACACUGUUCCUACUCUAUUAUGUGGAAUUGCAAACAGAGAAUUUUGAUCUUUGAAAGAGAAAGAAGCAUCCAGUCAAUUGCUGUUCACUUUGUUCAUCCAGCACACUGCUACACUCCAGAAAGCCACAUCCUGGAAGAUGUCAACAAAUGCAUUAUAGCCUUGAGGGACCAGGAUGUUGAUAACUUAGACAGAGCCGCUGGGGCCAUCCGAGGAAGAGCUGCAAGGGUAGCUCACAUCGUCACAGGUGAAAUGGACAGCUAUGAACCAGGCGCUUACACCGAAGGUGUGAUGAGAAAUGUCAACUUCCUCACAAGCACGGUGAUCCCAGAGUUUGUGACACAAGUGAAUGUUGCCUUGGAUACUUUAAGCAAGAACUCGCUGACUGUGUUUGAUGAUAAUCAGUUUGUGGACAUCUCAAAGAAGAUCUACGACACAAUUCAUGAUAUCAGAUGUUCGGUCAUGAUGAUUCGGACUCCAGAGGAACUAGAGGAUGUUUCUGACCUUGAAGAAGAUCAUGAGGUCCGCAGCCACACCGGCAUUCAGACAGAAGGAAAAACUGACCGAGCUAAAAUGACUCAACUGCCUGAGGCAGAAAGGGAGAAGAUUGCAGAGCAAGUAGCUGAUUUCAAGAAGGUGAAGAGCAAGCUGGAUGCUGAGAUCGAGAUCUGGGAUGACACAAGCAAUGACAUCAUUGUUCUUGCCAAGAAGAUGUGCAUGAUCAUGAUGGAGAUGACAGACUUCACAAGGGGAAAAGGACCACUAAAGCAUACCACUGAUGUAAUCUAUGCAGCUAAAAUGAUAUCAGAGUCAGGAUCAAGGAUGGAUGUUCUUGCUCGACAGAUUGCUAACCAGUGUCCAGAUCCAUCGUGCAAACAGGAUUUGCUGGCUUAUCUGGAACAGAUUAAAUUCUACUCCCACCAGCUGAAAAUCUGCAGCCAAGUUAAAGCUGAGAUCCAAAACCUUGGGGGCGAGCUCAUCAUGUCUGCCUUGGACAGUGUCACCUCCCUGAUCCAGGCAGCCAAAAAUUUAAUGAAUGCUGUAGUGCAAACAGUAAAAAUGUCGUACAUUGCUUCCACCAAGAUCAUCCGCAUCCAGAGUUCUGCUGGGCCCCGGCACCCUGUUGUCAUGUGGAGGAUGAAGGCUCCAGCAAAAAAGCCCUUGAUUAAGAGAGAGAAGCCAGAAGAAACAUGUGCAGCUGUCAGAAGAGGCUCAGCAAAGAAAAAGAUCCACCCUGUCCAAGUCAUGAGUGAAUUUAGAGGAAGACAAGUCUACUGAGGACCAAGUCCACUCCAGUGCCCAUUUGCAUACCCCAAUCCAACCACACUGCUUUAUUUCACAGUUCAUUGGCUCUUUAAUUUCACUAAGUUGGGGUUAAACAAUUGUGCACAAUGUGUAUUUGGGUUCUUGUUAUUGUCGUCUCUCUAUAGCCAGUACAACUUAGUUAACUUGCAGGUAGUACCUAGGGAAUAAAAUUCACAAGUGUCCUUUUGGCCUUGCCCUUCGCAGGGAAUAGCUUAUGUCCAUAACAAAAUGAAUGCGAAAGACAAAGUGAGUAAUGAUUACUUGGAAAUGUUUAAGCCGAUGCUUUUUUUAUCCUUGUUCAGGAUGACACUAUCAGAAGCUUUUCACUUGAUUUUCAUUAGACACAAGAGGAUUUAUCAAGUAUUUUCCCAGUGUCCAUACCAUCUUUAGCAGACCUAACCUGGUGUCUAACCUGACAGACAUGUGUUGUUUUUGCUAUAGGAAAGGAUUUUCAAUUUCUAGAUAUCACUACCCAUUAUUAGUUGAUGGGUUGACUAUAACCAAUGUGGGAAGUCAAAUUUCUUACCAGAAUUUGAAAGUCAUUCAUAUUACUAAAGAAGUGCUUUGGUGACACUCCAAGGCUGCAGAGACUUUGGAUGCUGUUUCCACCUGUUUUUUCUACUGUGUUUGGGAGUUCUGUACUCUUAGCAUUGAGCCUGUCAGAGCACACAUGUAUACAGUCAUCACCCAUUGGGGAAAUGAGCUUUUGUUCAUUGAUUCUUUUGUUUGGUACUGGGAUUCAAACAACAUUAUAUGUGCUAGGCGAGUGAUCUACUCCUAAGCUGCACAUCCAGCCCUUCAGUUAGAGAAAUAUACACUGACUUAUAGUGCAGAGCAAGUCUAAAAUAGAGGACACAAAAGGAAUUUUGCAUGAUUAUAAAAAAUCUCUUUGUAUCCAUUGCAAAUUUUAGGUAAAAUGAAAGACCAGUGUGCAAAGUCUUUGGCACUGAGUGAAAUCUACCACCAAACAAUGAAGCUGAAUUAAUGACCAUGAGUUCGGGGUGAUUUUUAAUAACCACCUCUAAAUGAAUGUCACUGGGGUUAUUUUAUGUGUCCAUUGACUAUGGUUAUCUACAGCUGAGUUUAUGAUGGACUCUGUGGUAGUCUAUGUUCCAUGACAAUGAUAGCCCUUUAUCUUUCCAAUACUUCCUCCUCCCUUUCAUUCUCCUCUCUUUCUUCACACUGUGCUUUAUAUUAAACAUGUUGGAAAAAGGAGGCUUCAAUUUCACCAAGCCACACUCAAA